AUGGAGCCCAUAUUCGAAACCAAGGGCGGUGCAGCUUCCCCCCCUCCUGCUACUCCUACUCCUCAAAAGACUUCUAAACAGGCCUGUGACAAUUGUCGAAGACGCAAAAUCAAAUGCAAUCGCGCUCAGCCAUGUGAUAAGUGUCAGCGGCUAUUGUUGUCCUGCUCUUACUGCGAUGUUCUACAGAGAAAGGGACCCAAGUUCCGUACAUUGUAUCCUCUUGCACCUUUACAAUCAUUAGUCACACAAUAUCCGACUCCUCCUCAGAGUAUUGCCGAUCAGACAAGUCAGUCUGAGCUGAUGGUCCCACUACCCUGGAAUAUCAAUAUCCAGCAGACAUAUGAAGCUUACUCUUCACCGGAAUCUGUUGAUUCACAAUAUGAGCUGCCGAAUAGUUCCAGUGGCUAUCACCAAACGGCGUUACUUCCACAAGGGCCGUCUCAAAACGCAUUGCAGCCACAUCAACCACAAACACAGCCCCGAUCUCAGUCUAUGUCACAUUCCAGACGCCUAUCUGCCGCAAUUAUUUUGGCUCACUUGAACAUCUACCUGAAAUCCUUGUAUCCCAUUAUACCGAUUCUCAACCCCGAGCAAAUUGUCAAUGACAGUCAACAUCCCGAACAGCUUAGUACACAGCGAUAUGCAUUCAUAGCCGCGCUAUGUGCUGCAACCCACAUUCAACUUCAGUUAGAGGCCAUGGUCGACCCGUCCUCUCAAUCAUAUCCCGAUUCUGCACUGGCUCUAUCAGGAAUAGAGAUUUUGACGGAAGCAACCAACGCGAGAAAUGAAUGCAACAACAUCUGCGAACAAGUCAAUCUCGAAUCCUUACUUACUUCGUUAUUUUUGUUUGCCGCAUACGGCAAUUUGAAUCAUCACGACCAGGCUUGGUUUUAUCUUAGUCAAGCUACAUCAAUGGCCUUGACGCUGGGGUUGCAUCGAGAAGCUACUUACUCCGCGUUUGGAGAAGAGGAGGGUGAGGAGCGGAGGAGGGUGUUCUGGCUAUUGUUUGUGGCUGAACGAGCGUACGCUCUUCAGCAAGCAAAGCCCAUCAUGCUUCGAAACUCCAUUCGAAAGCCCAGUAUUAUUCCAUCGGAAGAUCAUAUGGUACAAUACAGUUUCCAUAACCUCAUCAAUAUAUUCGAGAAGAUCACAGCCGAGCUAUAUGACUGGAUAUCUAUUGAAUGUGAUGAAAACUUUAUAGCAAGCAUGAUUACUGGCCGGGCCAACGUACGAGAUAUGAACCAUCAAUUUAGUAAGCCAAUUCCUAUUGGAAGUGUUGCAGAGAUCCAGAAUCUCGACAGCGUUCUUACGCAACAAUGGCUGCAAGUCAUGGCUUGGAAACUUUCAAUGAGUAAUUUGUCACGUUUCAGGACUACAGAUGCUUUGCUGCCGUUUCAUUUCCCGGUGUUGGUUGCAAAGGCUGUGAUGGAUGUAUUUCAGGGUUCGAUGGUAUUCCAAACGAUUAGUACCCAGGAACGAAGACUUUCAAUGAUGAACACAAACCCCGGAAUGCAAGACCAUUCCUAUCAACCUCACAGUCAACCGCCAAUGGCACAUUUCGCCGUGGACAACUUCUCUCCAAACACUCGUAAUAUCAAUAGCGAGGAGUUUCUGCUCGAUAUCAUAAACAUCCUCUCUCGAAUCCGGCCGAGUUAUAAUCCUAGUCACCAACCACAGCCGCACCUCUGUUACAAGUUCUGGAAACUGUACAUUAAUCUUAAAUGUCUAUUCAAGGAGGAAGCCUGCACCUAUAUGUGUUGCUGUGUGGAGAGAAAGCCUUGGAAGUUACCUAACUGUUUCGUUCCCUCCUCAGGUGGAUGUGGAAAUCAUCUCAUCCAUGUAGGCGAUAAUCUGAGUUGCGUGGAAGAAACCAUACAGUCCUCUCCUGACAACAAGGACCUCGAGGAACUGAAGUUCGUACUCCACCAUGGGGAAGUUCUAUUCCGCAAUAAUUUUGGUUCUCGUGACAUUGAGGCUGGUCUAAAACCGGACUCGGAUACCAUUUAUGGAAUUGCCUCACGGACCAAGGCAUUCACUUCAUCCCUCUUCGGAAUCAUGGCUGAGAAAGCGAAGAUUACAUAG